UGUGUUAAAUAUAUUUAGUUCCUGCUUUGUUUUCAUUUCUCUUCUUAUAACUUUGUUUGGUUUGUUUUCUUUCUUUUAGUUAAGGCAGCUCAUUACAACCAUACUCCUUUAAAAAUUGGUGAAAGUUGACGACGGAUGUGACGCAUGUUUACCUUUAUCGAGUGAAAUGCCUGUAAACUACAAGAAGGAUCCGAUGGCUGAAUAUGUCAACGAAGCUAUAGCUGUCAGAGAUGAUAUGCGUAAAGAAUAUGAUCCUUACACUCCUGCUCAUCAGACUAUUGACAUGAUCAUUAGCAGAAUGGUUAAUCUACAAAAUGCAGGUGUAAACAUGGCUGUAGGAAAUGAUGUUAAAAGUGGUGUACCAAAGAAUUUAGAAUUGUGUUUAUCUGAUUCUGAAGAAAUGAAGUCUCCAUCUCGUCAAAAAUCUCAAACUGUUAAGUCGUUUAAAGAAACAUGUGCUAAAGAGACCGAUAAACAAAGAGUCUCUAAAACUGAGAAAAAAACUGUUAAACUUACCCAAGUGCCUUCCUGUGACAGUGUUAUGCAUUUUUUACCAAUUGACUAUAGCAAACGCAAUCCAUGGCGUAGAAUAAUAGGCUUUCAUGCAUCCACUUUAGAGUUACGAAGCUCUACUUAUCCUGCACGGUCCAGUGUGAAAAAACUUAGAUUUGCUCAAGCAAAAAAACCUCUAAAUUAUAUGUAUUCCUAUUUUUCUGUAGAAAUUAUUGACUGUGAUGAAAAAAGCAGUAUUACUAUAGGCAUUUGUCGCAAAGACUAUCCUAGUAAAAUAUUUCCUGGAAAGACAGCUGGUUCUAUAGGUUAUUUUUCAGAUACUGGUUCUGUUCUGCUUAGAGAUUCUGUGCAAUUAAAUGGCCAAAAAUUUUCGAAAGGUGAUGUUAUAGGUUGUGGUAUAAUAUAUCCUCCUGAUUACAAAAAAUAUGUUGAUUUAUCAACUGAUGACAACAGUGAUGGCAUGUCUGAUGUAGUGCUAACUUCCAUAUUGGAUAGGAAAUCCAUGGAUUUUGUCCGCAGUGUACUGAAUCUUAAUGCACAAAAGGAAGGGGAUAUGGACUCUGAAGGUGCUUCUUGGGAUUCUCAAGCCAAAUUGGAAGGAACUGAGUGUGAUCAUUACAAUGAAAAUUUUGUUGAAAGUCGGACCCAAGUUGAAGUUUAUUUCACUCACAACAUGCAAGUUAUUGGAAAAGUCUUGGCACAUAUUCCUAUUGGUGGUUUCUAUCCUACCAUCCAUAUCUUUUCAUCAAGUGCAAUCAAGAUGAAAGUGGAUUUAAACCCACCCUCUUCUUAAAGCAGUGAAAAGUAACUUUUAGAAACAGUUUGUAAAUAUAGGAUUACUGAUACUCUGGAUGGGCUGUUUAUUGCUGUCAUUUGGGUUAGCACCUUAGUUGUGUUGUUAAAUUUGUCAUUGUAAUUUUUCAUAGUUUUAAUUAAAACUAUGCCACAUAUUUUUUUUGCUUUAUUAGUUCCUAUAGUAAGUAUUAUUCAAACAAUUUUUAAAUUAUUUUUCAAUUUAACAGGAAUGCUUGAUAACUUAUUUUGUCAAGCCUACAAACAUUGGAUAUAGUGCUUAGUUAUAAAAUAAAUUUUUUGUAUUCUGGCAUGUUUUGGGUACUAAGUAAUACAGAUAAAGCAUUCAUUAAUUUCAGCAUAAAAAAUUCUUUAAGUUAAUAAUUAUUUUAGAGUAUGUCACAUUCUCUGUGGCUAUUGUACAAGCUUAUUCAUAUUGCAUAUAAAUCCUGGUGAGACUGUGGCUGUAUUUUUUCUGGUAAUUCCUGGAAAACAAAGAAUAUAUGACUUACGUGUCUGUGCCCAGAUUAAGAAAAAACAAAUAGCUGAAACUGUGAUACAGUUAAAAAAAAUAUAUAUCUUUGUUUGAUAUAUAGUGAAAAGUCUCGUAUUCAGAAUCGUCGGGACUUCCACAUGUCCGAAAAAUAACUUUUACCAGAUAGUAAGUCUUUAAGGUAAAAAAUUUCAAAAGAUAUGCUAUUAGAUAAAAAGAAAUAAUAAAAGAUAAUUAGUUUGAAGUUUAUAUGUUUUCUUGUUUAUUUUAAUUAAUCGAAGAAUGUUAGGUUAGUUAAAAUGUAUAAAUAAAAGUAAGCAAGUGAUAAUUUGCGCUUUCUCUUUUUGGAAUAAAAGCACUUUUUUUUUAUUCCUUUGAUGUGAUGAAUUAGCAAUGAAGAUAAUUAAAUAAAAAUGACAUUAAAAAACAAACCUCAAAUUCUAAAAGUAAAUUUAUGGGAUUAAAAAUUUAUAAUUUAUAGGGAAACUGAGCUUGACUGGUGAUGUUCUUUUCAAACACAAUUAAUAUUUAACUUCAUUAAUACUCAUUGUUUAUUCUUAUCACCAAAAUUUGUUUUUCUUUAACUGCUCUUUUCAACAAUUCUUUUAGGGUGCUCAUUAAAGCAGAAUAAAUGUUUAUCUAUCAAAAAAGCAGUGAUAAAAAAUAGUUGGAAAAAAUUUUUUGAAAAAGAAAAGAUUUAUCAAUUUUAAUUGUUAAAGAGUGCCCAGAAAAUAAAUGUCCGAAUAUGGGACAUAGUACUGUAUUUUGAAAUUUCUUCUUUAUUUCCAUUUUUAAAAAGCGUUUGAUUUUAACUUUUUCAAUUGAAUAGAUUGUACCAGUAUAUAAACAAACAUUUAUUUCUGAACUGUUAAUCAUUUUAUGUUUAUUAUAAAAUUUGUUACAUUUAAUAUUGUAAGCAUUUUUGUCUGCUACUAUAUUGCAUGUACUCCUGCACAUUAUUGCUGGAUUUAUUUUCUAAUAAACAUCACAAUCAUCUAA